AUGCUGCUGCGGCGGCUCCCGGCGCUUUCGGGAAGCCGUCGGCAGGGCGGCGACUGCAUUUUGAAUUUCAAGUUUUUGAAUUCUUUUUCUUUUUCUUUUUUUAAUUUUCCUUUUUUAAUUCAACUUCCUUUUCUUUCAGUUCGAGAUCUCCCGCGGCUUCCGCUGCUGCAGCAGCCCCGCAGCAGCAGCAAGCAGCAGCAGCAGCAGCAGCAGCAGCAGCAGCAGCAAAGCCAAGACCGGAGCAGCAAAAUGGCUAUGCGCGCCGUGCGCAACCGGCAGUCAGCAGCAGCAGCAGCAGCAGCUGUGGGGCCCUACGCGCGGCCUGCUGCAGCAGCAGCAGCAGCAGCAGCAGCAGCAGCGGGACGCUCCCUGGUCUCAAGACCCAUCGCCGUGACCGCCCGCAGCAGCAGCAGCAGCAGCAGCAGCAGCAGCAGCAGCAGCAGCAGCACAGCUGGCUUCCCGCUGCAGAAGAAAUAUGGACAACAUCUUCUCAAAAAUCCGGGAGUUCUCGACAAAAUAAUGGCAGCAGCAAACAUCAGCAGUUCUGAUGUGGUUUUGGAAAUUGGGCCAGGCAAGAAACUUUUCUUUUAA